AUGUUUGCUCUUAUCGCCGCUUUUGCGGCCACCAGCUAUGUGAUGACCGUGGUCUUGAUGGCAAUCGCUACAUUGGCUGCUUUGAGCAAGCCAUUCAGUGAGGAAAUCGCCUUCGUACGCAACAUUCGUAUUAUCCUUGAUAUCCUUGCUUCGCUCGUCGCCGAGAUUCCACUUCACCUACUCGUCGUCAAGUUGCUCAAAAUCAAGGUGGCUUCAUUUUUCGGUGCCUUCAACUACACUGUGGCAUGGCUUGCCUAUUUCAUUGAUGUUGCAUGUAUCGCCGGCUUGGUAUUGUUGUUUAUCGAGAGUAUGCGCGAGCAAGAAGUGGUCGAAGAAGCCAUCAAAGACUUGACUGGAGGCGAGCCUGCCGAUCCCGUUGAAAGCAUCCUCAGUGUUCCAUACAUCAAGCGUGUCUUUAAUUUCUUUUGGUCACCCGAGGAUGUGAUUCUUCAUCCCAACAUUACUUAUGCAACCAACGAGGAAAGUGCUGAAGCAAUUGCAUCUACCAACGACUAUGAUCAACCUCGCAGAAUGGCAUUGGAUAUCUUCAAAUGGUCAAAGGCACCAGCCAACGCUGGUUUAAGACCGGUUGUGGUCCAUAUUCAUGGUGGGGCUUGGACAAUGGGUGACAAGGAUUGCUUUUAUCCCUACCAAAAAAUGUUGAUUGAGGAGGAUAAUUGGAUUGUUGUGAAUAUCAGCUAUCGUCUCGCACCCAAGAACCCUUAUCCAAUUCAUUUGAUUGACAUUAAGCGUUCUCUUCGAUGGAUCAAGCGCACUAUUCGCAUGUUUGGGGGUGACCCAGAUUUUAUUGUCUUGUCAGGUGAUUCUGCUGGUGGCCAUUUGGCUUCCAUGGCUGCUAUCACGGCCAAUGAUCCUCAAUACCAACCAGGUUUCGAGGAUGUUGAUACCUCUGUCAAGGGCGUUAUUUCUAUCAAUGGUUCCCUGGAUCUUCUUAAUGACCCUGCUUACGCUGAUUGGUUUUCAACUAAAGUGGCCAUGAAGGCAAAAGUUGAUGUGGAUCUUCUUCGUGCCCAUUCCCCUGCUGAAGCUGUGCUCAAGUGCAAAGACAAUGGAGUCAUGGUUCCCCACUUGUUGAUUUCUGGUGAGCGUGAUUGUAUUGUGGAUGUUUCUCAAUCCGAACGAUUCAAAUCUGCUUAUGAUGAAGCUGCUGGUGAAAAGAAUUCCCAAUGUACUUUGUUGAAAUUACCUGGUGCCCAUCACAUUUGUCACAUGAGCUGGUCUCCUCGUGCUUUCUACCUUUCUCGUAUGGUGCAAGUUUGGUGCAAGCACAUCUAUGCCAAAGGCAAAUAA